AUGGGGAUAGCAAAGACAAGCUCCAUUGAUAGAAUGAGCGAGAAAAUCCCCGUGAUUGACCUUUGUGGGGAGAGGUCAGAGGUGUCAAGCCUCAUCGUGAAUGCCUGCGAAGAGUUUGGGUUCUUCAAGGUGAUCAACCAUGGCGUGGGCGAGGAUGUUGUGAGGAGAAUGGAGGACCAAAGCUUCCAUUUUUUCCGUAAACCGGCCUUUGAAAAACACAAAUUAGCCGCCCCGCCGGCUAACCCUUAUGGCUAUGGCUGCAAGAAUAUAGGCUUCAAUGGAGACGUUGGAGAGGUGGAGUAUCUCAUUCUUCAUGCCAACCUUCUCUCUCUUGCUCAAAAAUCCAAUCUCCCACUCAACUUAAGCUCAGCAGUAAAAGGCUACGUAGAAGCACUUGGGGAGUUGGCAUGUAAGAUAUUGGAAUUGAUGGCUGAGGGUUUGCAUAUACAAGAGACUUCAGUGUUCAGCAACCUCAUCAAGGAUGUUCAGAGUGAUUCUAUAUUUAGACUCAAUUAUUAUCCACCUAUUUCUAGUACUACCUCCUUGACACCUACUUUUAAUGAUAUAGUUGGAUUUGGAGAACAUACUGACCCUCAGAUCUUGACUAUUUUGAAAUCAAAUGAUGUUGCUGGCCUACAAAUCUCAUUUAAGGAUGGUGUGUGGAUCCCAAUCUCUCCCGAGCCCCGCUCUGGCUUCUUUGUUAAUGUGGGUGACAUGUUACAGGUAUUGACAAAUGGACGGUUUAUGAGCGUAAGGCAUAGGGUGAUGGUGGGAUCAUUGAAAACGAGGAUGUCAAUGAUGUAUUUUGCAGCCCCAACAUUCAACACAACAAUUAGUUGUCCAUCUAAAUUAGUGACGCCAGAAAAUCCUCGUCUGUAUCGAGCAUUCACUUGGGCCGAGUAUAAGAAAACUACCUAUUCAAGAAAGUUAGGUGAUAACCGCCUUCAUUUUUUUCGGGUAGAAUCCAAUGAUCUUGCUGUAAUUAUUUUGACCAAUCUGAUAGUUGGAUUGCACAUUAAUGGUUAUAUGCUCAACACGCCAUCUCAGGUCCAGCAGCAGGUUCUUGAUGUUAUUACCCACACUGCCUCAAAAGCAUCAAAUCUUCCUAAAGCAUGUGUCCAGUCAUACCUUAAAGGUCACUUUAAUUUAUUUCUCUUCCAUUCCCACUCUAUUAUUUGCUUCUACCAAAUUUGCUGUGCUUUUUGUCUUCCUAUUUCUAAACUAUGCAUGCAUGCAUGCGGUGUUACAUGCAUUGCUGAAAGAGUAGCUGAUAUUGAAACUCGUGCUCAAGUCAUGAAAUGUCUCACUUGUUUCUGUGAAGCUGUGAGUCUUGGAUUUGUUUUUGAGAAGACAAAAGAGCGCAAAAUUAGGGUUAGUCCAAAAUUGUCUCCGCCACGCCAGUCUUCCCUCUCCGCCACGCCAGUCUUCCCUCUCCGCCACGCCAGUCUUCCCUCUCCGCCACGCCAGUCUUCCCUCUCCGCCACGCCGGUCUUCCCUCUCCGCCACGCCAGUCUCCGAUAA